AUGCACUCGCCCAAAGCGCACGUCCCCUUUCGUGCCGACGACUUUGAACAUGGAAAGCGGACGGGACUUGCGGUCGGCUACGUCGAUCGCAGGUCCGACGAGUUCGAGGCGUUCGACCAGGUUAUCAGCCAGGCCGACAAGGUCACUCCGCCGAGAGUGAAAGCAAAUGGGCGCAAGAGGAAGAAGGCGCUGACACCCGUGGCGGACGAGGAGUACGACGAUGAGGAGUACGGGGAGGCGUCGAUGGACUUGGUGGAUAGCAAUCCACCUUCGCCUGCGGUGUAUUUUACCAGUGCUCGCCAGACAAUCGCACCUUCAAGCAUCAGGAGGACUGGGUCCUCGUCCCGCCCAGUGCCACACUCUUCCGACGUUGAUUUUGACACAGUCCCGUCGCCCCGCCCGCGAACGUCCUCUGCGGCUCCUCGCAGACAAUCUACGGCCAACGGGCCAGGUCCAUCUGCCUUGUCUCGAGUCUCCAUCACGCGAGAAGAGGUGCAAUACGAAGAGGACGUUGACCUGCCGCCGUCUGAUUUGCCCGAUUAUGACUACGGCCCAAGCUUUGCACAUCUGGACCAGGAUGAUGAUGAUGACGACGACGACGCGGAGGAGCAGCAGGUCGUCCAAAGCAUAUCUCCCGCCAAGAGGGGAAGGCAGUCCAGUCCCGCUGACACGCGGCAGGGCAAUCUCAAGCGUGCCAGGCAACUCAGCAAUAUCCCUGAUCGGUCAGGCGGUGCGGACAAAGAGAACACAGUACCCAGAAGUACCGGUAAGGGUAAAGAGAGGCAGAGAGACGAAGAGAUGGAAGAACAGGAGCAGAGUGACGUGGAAGACGCGGUCGAUCCGGGCUUACAGGAGGCGGAUGACAUGCCUAUGGAUUUGGACAACGACGCCCAACAAGAGGAGGAAGAAGAGCGGCCUUCGAGCAAGAAAGCUCGCCUGGCGAAGGAGAAGGAGAAUCCCAAACCAAAGAAACCCCGCGCUCCUCGAAAGCGACAAGAAGUCAUGCACAUCCCUCUAUCCCAAGAUUCCGACAAUGGCGAGCACCCCGGCGUGCGCAGGUCGCGGCGCGUGCGCUACGGCCCGCUUGAAUGGUGGCGCCUGGAAAAGGUCGUCUACGGGCGGCGCGACUCGGGGGUGACCUACGUUCCACAUAUCAAGGAGAUCAUACGGCUGCCGAAAGAGCCUGUACAGCCGCUGGGUAAGGCGGGGAGGAAGGGGAGGAAGAAAACGCGGGAGGGUAGCCGCGCGAAGACGGGGACGGCAGAGCCGGAGGUCGAGGUUGUGCCCGCUCCGAACCCUGAGGAGGGCUGGGAUGACCAGACUGAGCCCAAAGGAAUCAUAUUGGAUUAUGUUACGAAGCAGGAGGUGGAGAGACGUAUCGCGUUCACGGCCAAGAUGCUGGAGCCGAAAGCUGCUGCAAACAACGACUUCUUCUUCCAGCGCGUAUUUGGCGACGCUGAGUUCAUGGCUGCUGGCUAUCUCAUGAUCCCGCCGGGCAAAGCCAAGCCUAGCAAGCAGACCAAAGAUAAUACUUAUGCUUUCUACGUCAUCGAAGGCGCCGUCAACUUCCACGUACACAAGACAAGCGUGAUCGUCGCGACCGGCGGCAUGUUUCUGGUACCCCGAGGAAAUCAAUACUUCAUCCAGAACAUCUGUGAGCGGGAUGCGAAGCUCUUCUUUGCACAAGCCAGGAAGAUACCGCUCGAGGAAGUGGACGCGCCUCCCGCGCUGCUGAAACCUGGAACAUCGUCUGCUCGACGCUCGCUUGGACCGGGACAGAAUGGUCGACAUUCGUCUGGGGCAGCUUCAGCCGCUGGUAACGAGACAGAGGAAGAGGAGAGGCCACGCACUAAUGGCAAGGUCGCAAAGAAGACGACUAACUCAAGGAAAAGCUAAUGCAGGCAGGACUUCGUCUUUCAUACUGCCUCCAAUCGGUUACAUGAUUUAUUUGCCUUCAUGACCAUGUACACUACAGCAUUACCUACGGUUUCUUGUGUAACUCCUAAUGCUUAUUCGAUUCACAAGCAAUUCAUUGUAUGAGAUGGUGU